AUCUGCAAGAAUGAAUACCAUCUUGGCCUGCCUUCUUGCUGUUGCCAUCUGCAUGCCACUGUCUGAUGCUUCUUGUGUCUUUUUGCCAUUCAAGCCAGGGAUAUCUAAUGGUGCGGUUGUAGGCUGCCUUGACGAGGAAGGAAACGUCCACAAAUUUGAUUCCCAAUGGAGGACUGAGGACUGCAAUGAUUGCUCCUGUUCCAAGACUGGAAUUGGCUGCUGCACUAGCUAUAUGAGACCAGUCGACUAUGAUGAAGAGAAAUGUGAAAGCAUUUUCAACGAGGAGACUUGUUCUUAUAAAGUAGUGGAGAAAGAUGAUCACUCAAAAGAAUGUCCUGUCCAUUCAUGGGUGGGGUAACGGAAGAAUGGUGGAUUGGGGGAACAUUUCCUUUUAUUGUUCUAAUGGUUCUCUCACAAAUUCAAAAACACUUAAAAUGCAACUGUUAAGUGAAAUCUAUUCAUAAAGCCCAACAUAUAAUGAAACUCACAAAAAUGUCCCUUGGUUUCUCUGCCUUAUGCUUCACCAUGAACAAAGAACUGACCUGUUCCUUCCUUGAGGUCAGACAUUAAAGGUGACAUUUUAAAGCAUUCUUGGUAGCUGCUAAUCAGUGUUCUUCUCUCGUCAUGUUUCAGUGCCAAGGAGCAUAUUCUAUAAUCUGUGCAAACCUGUAUCUUAAAGAUAAAAUAAAAUCAAAUAAAG